UGACAGCAGGUCACGCAGUAAAAGAAGACCACAGGAAAGUUGUACGCUUUUAUGAAUUUUACUGUCCAACCGUGGUGUGGAAACAAGGCGGGAUUUAGCGUUACCAAGGCAAGUCUCAAUCUAGUAUAAAGGGAAUAACAUGGUGUCCCAGAGGCUGUUUAUGUUUACUUAAAGAACACAUUCAAAGGGGCGUUUUUUUUGUAGACGCGGCUAAGUUUUUCUAUGUCGUCCGCUUCUUUUGCACUUAAACCUUAAUUUUAUGUUCGGAUUUACAAGGCCAGUGGCAUGUAAAUCUCAUAUUUCACUAAUGUGCCAGUCUUACAAAUGGAAAGGGGGCUUCACUUUGGAAACGUGAGCAUUUCCCUGGUGCUCCUGCUGUUGCUCAAAGCGCUCAUAGGAUUCGGGACCUCGCAAGCUCAGGGCUCCACCGUCGGGAGGGAGUCGCAGUCGGCCACCCGGGGUUCACGUUCGACCCCGGCGGAGGAUGGUGCGAGAGUCAUGGAGCGCGGCUUGGAGAACGUAGGCGCCCCGGUCACCGGAGCAGACGUUACCGUGGAGGACGACGAAAAUGAGUCGGCAGGUGAGGCCGACGAGUCAUACGGAGAAAGUAACGGGAACGUCCGGUCUACAAGGUCUCUGGUGAUCAUCAGUACCCUGGAUGGGCGGAUCUCAGCCCUGGAUCCUCACAACCAGGGCAGGAAGCAGUGGGACCUAGACGUUGGCUCGGGGUGCUUGGUGUCCUCCAGCCUCAGCAAACCCGAGGUGUUUGGCAAUAAGAUGGUCAUUCCCUCGCUGGACGGUGCCUUGUUCCAGUGGAACCGGGACAGGGAGACUAUGGAGGCAGUGCCUUUCAGCGUGGAGUCCCUGCUGGAGUCGUCGUACCGCAUCGGAGAGGACACCGUGCUGGUCGGGGGCAAGUCCCUCACCACCUACGGCCUGGGGGCCUACAGCGGCAAGAUCCGGUACAUCUGCUCGGCGGGGGGCUGCAGCCGCUGGGGGGACGAGGAAACGGAAGCCGAAGACGUGCUGCUGCUGCAGAGGACCCAGAAGACGGUGCGGGCCAUCAGGCCUCGGUCAGGAAUGGAGAAGUGGAACUUCAGUGUUGGCAACUUCGAGCUGAAGCUUUUGCCGGAGAUCCAGUCCGGAGUGAACUUCCUGGAGGGCCAAGUGGUGAGCGGUGACGCCUGGAAGGAAAACGAGAGGGUCAUCGCCGACGAACCGAAGGACAGAAAACCCCAAAACCCCCACCUGGACCUGGCCAUCAAAGUGUCUGUCCCCGACUGGAAGGUAAUGGCCUUCAGCACCGAGGCCAAUGGACGGCUAGUCUGGGAGCAUCAGUUCUGCACUCCCAUUGCCUCGGCCUGGCUGGUGGGCGGUGGGAAGGUCACUCCGAUCAGCCUGUUUGACGACACCGGCUACAGCAGCCAGUCAGAAACCGAAGAGGAGGAGGAGACGGACCCCGAGAAGGAGCAGCGCUCCGCAGAGUCCAGCGUCUAUCUUGGGAUGUUCCAGGGUCAGCUGUACCUCCAGUCCUCAGUGAGGAUCAGUGAAAAAUUCCCCACCCAAGCCAUCGGAUCGGAGAAAGAUGUCAUCCCGCUACCCACCAUCAAAUGGAAGCCACUCAUUCAUUCCCCGUCUCGGACUCCGGCUCUAGUGGGCUCUGACGAAUUCGACAAGUGUCUGAGCAACGACAAGUACUCCCACGAUGAGUACAGCAACGGGGCCUUGUCCAUCCUCCAGUAUCCAUAUGACAACGGAUACUACUUCCCCUACAGCAAGCGCUACCGGGAGAAGCGCGAGAGCGCCGUCAGCCUGAUAAAGGGAAACGAGGCCGGCGCCGACAGCCGCAGGAGGAAGGACCCCGUGCUGCUGCUGCCCUGGUGGAAGGAGAUCCUCGGGACCAUCAUCUUCUGCAUCGCCGCCACGACCUACAUCGUCCGCAAGUUCUUCCACCCCCCCGCCCCCACCGCCUACGCCAGGCAACGCAAAGAGUCGGAGACGCAGUGCCAGACCGACAGCAAGUUCGACCUUGAAGUCGUGGAAUCCAAAGAGCCCGUUGCCAUGGAGAUCCGCUCCAGCGAAUACGUGUCCAGGUACCUGACAGACUUUGAGCCAGUGCAGUGCCUCGGCCGAGGGGGGUUCGGCGUGGUUUUCGAAGCCCGCAACAAAGUGGACGACUGCAACUACGCCAUCAAAAGAAUCCGCCUGCCCAACAGGGAGCUGGCCCGAGAGAAGGUGAUGCGAGAGGUGAAGGCCCUGGCAAAGCUGGAGCACCCAGGGAUUAUCCGCUACUUCAACGCCUGGCAGGAGACCCCCCCCGAGGGCUGGCAGGAGGAAAUGGACCAGAGGUGGCUGAAAGACGCCAGUACCACCGACUGGCCGAUGAGUUUCCUGGACCACAUGGAGGCGCUGUCCGUCAAAGUGCCAGUGUCCAGCUCUGUCUCUCCUGCCUCUGGACCCCACGGAGACACUCUGGAGGCCUCUGUUGACGCGCAGGCGCUCCACUCCAACAGCAUCGUGGACUUCAGCGUCAACGAAGGAGACCUGUCCUUCCAGCCGCUGCUCGGCCACGACAGCCUGAUGUCCGAGAGGGACAGCCAGGCCGACCCGGACGCCUCGGACAACCCGCACUCCUUCGAGCUCUGCCCCCCGCGCGGCCCCAGCGACUGCACCUCCUCGUCCUUCGACAUCGUGUUCGAGGACUCCGGCUGCGACCGCGACGCCGAGGCCAACACGGACUCGGACUCCAACUCCAACUCGGUCGGCCUGGACACGCCGACCGAGAGGAACAGCUCGUCCUCCUCGCGCACCAGACGACAGGAGUCCGUCGCCAACUCCUCGUCUUCUCCCCCCCGGCCCACCUCGCUCACCCUGGCUCUGCCCACCAGUCCACCAAGCCAGCGGAUCCAACCUUCCCCAAAGGUGUACCUGUACAUCCAGAUGCAGCUCUGUCGGAAGGAGAAUCUGAAGGACUGGAUGGCCCAGCGCUGCCUGCCGGAGCAGAGGGAGCACAACCAGUGUCUGGACAUCUUCCUGCAGAUCGCGGAGGCCGUGGACUUCCUGCACAGCAAAGGGCUCAUGCACAGGGACCUCAAGCCCUCCAACAUCUUCUUCACCAUGGACGACGUGGUGAAAGUGGGAGACUUCGGUCUGGUGACGGCCAUGGACCAGGAGGAAGACGAGGACGAGCCCAGCGCCCUGACACCCGCCCCGCUCCUCACCCGCCACACGGGCCAGGUGGGCACCAAGCUUUACAUGAGCCCGGAGCAGCUCUCUGGCAAUUCUUACUCUCAUAAAGUGGACAUCUACUCUCUGGGCUUAAUUCUGUUCGAGCUGCUGUACCCUUUCAGGACCCAGAUGGAGAGAGUGAGGACGCUCACAGAUGUGCGCGCACUGCGCUUCCCAGAGGUGUUCUCCAUCAACAACGUGCAGGAGCUGAACAUGGUGCGCAGCAUGCUCUCUCUGAGUCCCAGCGAGCGGCCCGAGGCCGUGGACAUCACGGGGACGCCCCUGUUCCAGGAGCUGGAGCUGCCCUGCCGGCUGGCCAUCCGCCAGCGCUCCCGCACCUACAGCGCCUCCUCCAUGGGCCGGCCAUCACGGCAGAGCUCUGCCACCUGAAGGCCCUCCCACACAGUCUCUCUCUCUCCCUGUCUGCCCCCCCCC